UCCAUGCCUUUGACUGGCACGCGCCCAGAAGCCCUGGUUCUUGCCUCUCCGGCGCGUUCUGAUUGGCUGCGGGGCGACUCCUGCUUGUCCUUUCUCCACCCUCAUUGGCCGAGAGUCCCAGCCAGCGGUACUUCAAAGCGGGCGCUCCCGGCACUUAGGCUGAGUUUAGCGGUCCGGAGCCAGGAGAGCGUGCGCUUGGUGCCAGGCGGAGGACGGAGGACGGAAGAGGAGGAGGAGGCGGAGGCGGGAAGCCGGAGGGAACCCGCGCACGCUCCCGCGCCCAGGCAGAGAGAGAGAGAGACUGAGACGGAGAGAGAGAGAGGCUCCCUUCCGAUCCCCGCGCCCCGCCAAGGGACCUGGCUAUGGCUACGUCUAUACUCGGGGAAGAGCCACGAUUCGGGACGACUCCUCUGGCCAUGCUGGCCGCCACCUGCAACAAGAUCGGCAACACCAGCCCGCUGACCACGCUGCCGGAGUCGAGCGCCUUCGCCAAGGGCAGCUUCCACCCGUGGAAGCGCUCGGGCUCCAGCUGCAACCUGGGCUCCAGCCUGUCGGGCUUCGCGGUGGCCUCGAGCCGCGGGGCGGGCGCCUUGGGCGGCGGGGCGGGCGGGGGCGGCGGCGGGGGCGGCGGGGCCAACAGCAGCGCCUUCUGCCUGGCCUCCGCCUCGCCGCCCUCCUCCUCCUCGGCCUUCAGCAGCGACUACAGCGGGCUCUUCUCCAACGCGGCGGCGGCGGGCGGGAUGUCUCCGCAGGACGUGCCCGGCGGGCAGUCGGCCUUCAUCUCCAAGGUGCACAGCUCGGCGGCGGAGGGGCUGUACCCGCGCGUGGGCAUGGCGCACCCCUACGAGUCUUGGUACAAGUCGGGCUUCCACUCCACGCUCUCGGCGGCGGCCGGGGAGGUGGCCAACGGGGCGGCCUCCUCCUGGUGGGACGUGCACGCCAACCCGGGCUCCUGGCUGGAGGUGCAGAACCCCUCCUCGGCGGCCGGCGGGCUGCACUCGGCCGCCCCGCAGGCCGCGCUCCACUCCCAGCUGGGCGCCUACAACGCCGCCGACUUCGGAUCGCUCACGCACUCGGCUUUCAGCCCCACGGCGCUGCUCUCCACCGGGCAGCACCUGCUGGCCGCGCAGGAGGGCUUCAAGCCCGUCCUGCCCGCCUCGGCCUACUCGGACUCCAGCGCCGCCGUCAGCGCCAUGAUCUCCGGGGCGGCGGCGGCAGCGGCGGCCGCGGCGGCGGUGGGGGGCGGCGGCGGGGGCUCGAGCUCGGCGGCGGCGCGCUCGGCGAGGCGCUACUCGGGGCGCGCCACCUGCGACUGCCCCAACUGCCAGGAGGCCGAGCGGCUGGGCCCGGCGGGGGCGAGCCUCCGCCGCAAGGGCCUGCACAGCUGCCACAUCCCGGGCUGCGGCAAGGUCUACGGCAAGACGUCGCACCUCAAGGCGCACCUACGCUGGCACACGGGCGAGCGGCCCUUCGUCUGCAACUGGCUCUUCUGCGGGAAGCGCUUCACCCGCUCCGACGAGCUCCAGCGGCACCUGCGGACUCACACGGGCGAGAAGCGCUUCGCCUGCCCGGUCUGCAACAAGCGCUUCAUGCGCAGCGACCACCUCAGCAAGCACAUCAAGACGCACAACGGCGGAGGGGGAGGCGGAAGCGGGAAGAAAGGCAGCGACAGCGACACGGACGCCAGCAACCUGGAGACGCCCCGCUCCGAGUCGCCCGACCUGCUGCUCCACGAGGCGAGGGGGAAGGACUCCACGGCCGGGCCCAACGACCCCUAGGCCGCCCAGCAAGAAAGCAGGACUCGGCGGAGGCGGCGAAGGCGGCACUGAGAAAAGUUUAGGCGGGAGGCCAAGCGCGCCAGGAAAAGGAGGAAAAGCC